AUGUGCAACGUCUAUGACCUGAGAUUUCAGAGGGAGGAGGGGGAAGGGGGGGUGAAGGGAGGAAACGCAGGGCUGAGCAGGCUGGGGCUGGGGCUGUACCACUCAGGGGUUGAGAUCUACGGGCGGGAGUUCUCCUUCGGGUACUCGGAAGGGGGCAGGACUGGCGUGUUCGAGAUCCCUUGCAAGUGUGCUUCAGCCGUGAUGUCUCAGGUCACGUUCAAGGAGAGCGUCCUGCUGGGCUACUGCCAAAGGAGUCGCUUCGAGGUCCGUCGGAAUUGCAAUCAUUUCUCCAACGAGCUCAGCAAGCUUCUUGUGGGCAAGCCCAUCCCCUCCUACGUCAACCGCCCAGCCAACGUUGGACAGAAUCUGCUAAGCCUCUUCUCCAUGCCGGCCUCUGCGCUGGGGGGGAUGUUGAAGGGAGUGAAGAUGGUCAAGAAGGCAAAGAAACGAAGCGUAGGAGGAAAGAGCGAUCCCGUGUUGACCAGGCAUGCAUCGAUAUGA